AUGCUCUGUCUGGAUGAAAGUUUUGAUAUUUUUGAAAUGAGAUAUAUUGGAGGUUUGUGGGUGUUGAUUGAAUUUACUUCCAAUAAUGCAUGCAAAAACUUUUUGGGUAGCAAAGCAAUAGAUCAUUGGAUUUUAGAAAACAGAGAAUGGGAUCGAACCUUUGUUCCAUCAGAACGUAUAGUGUGGGUUGAUGUUGAAGGAUUACCUCUUUCUGCUUGGAUUAAAGAGCCUUUUAGAAAAAUUCUUUCUAAAUGGGGAACAAUUGCUCAGUUAGAUGAUGACAUUGGGGAAGAUAUUUAUAAGAAAAGGAUCUGUAUACUGACAUCUAAUCAAAGUAUUAUUUCAGAGUCAAAUUCUUCCGCUGUCCCUGGUCCGACUGUCAACAUUCCAGUUGCCGCUGCUGCUGAAGAACUGCAAGCAGCCCCUGCUACUUCACCUAACCCGACAGUAGUUACUGUUGUGAAUUUCGAGAACUCUUCAGCACAUGCUGCUAAUUCAGGGCUAUUUCAAAUUGGAAUAGACGCUUCUAAUAAACCAUCACAGGUUGGUUUUUCAGGUGGAUACAUUUGUAUGUUGGGUAUCCAAUCUACGGAUGAUUCUCUAUCUCAUCCGCCUGGUUUCUCAAAUAUGAUUCAUGGAGAGAAAGAUGUGUUCUCAGAAGGUUCACUCACCAAUGACUCAAAUGUGGUUGAAUCCAAAAAAACAAUUGCAAUGGGAGGUAUUAUUGGUCUCAAUAUGAGUGGUUGCUCUGAACAUGUUAAAAAUACUAUUCAAGAGGAGCGAUCUAAAGAAAUUUAG